AUGUGCGAGGAGAUCCUGUUAUGGAAGGCGCGAAAGGCCUCCCUCAGUCCGACAGCCUCCAGAAGCAACUUGGAACUCAAUUCGCUCCGUGGGAUCUUCGUUAACAAGAAAGAUCCUGGUCUUCAGCCGUGUCGAUACACCGGAAGACAGAAGCAUAUCGUGGGUUACCGUGCCCAUGGAAUCUCUAACCACUGUUCGCGAUGGGAGAUGCUCCGCAAUCGACCGUUCCAGGCUUCGAGGUAUGAUGCGUUGGUAAUGGCCACGAGAUUCAAGCAGAGAAUUCUCUCAAUCCUUGCAUCUCGUGCUGGACAGGGAUAUAAAGUACCCGUUAAACUCCGACGUGAAGAUCACUUCUCGCUCUACUGGAGAGCUGUAUAG